GUCGCGGAUUGUCAUGUUGUUGGUUUCAGGGCCCGGGAGCGGCACCGGGCGCCAAGAUGAGACGAACAGGAGCAUGACCGCCUGGAGGUGUGAGCAAUCAUUGGUCAAGCCUCCUUGUCCUUCCUUCAGCGGCGCCCAACGGGGUAAUCAGCUCAGGGGUGGUAACAUCGGCCCCUCACACCGCGCCUGUCUCUGAAGUGCCCCGUUGCACCUCUCUGGACUCUGGAUGCGCGGGCGUCUCGCAGUUUCGGCCCUCCCCGCGCCUGGGCCCGCGGGCGAUUCGGGCCCCUCCGAUGGUCUCCCACCCUCGGCCCCCGCCUGGAUACUGUCCGAGCCCGCCGCGGGGCGAUGAGCGCGAUCGCCGCCGGCCAGGACGCAGCCCAGGCGCGGACUGCCCAGGAGGAGCUCAUGGAGAGGGCUCGGCCUGCCCGCCAGGGGCACGGAGGGCCGAAGGACCUUACCAGCAAGGAACACGAUAUCACCACCUGUGCCACCCGGGAGAACUCUUACAGCGAGGGCGAGGACAAGGGCCCGGGCAGCGAGCAGGCCUUGAGCACGGAGCGCCUGGAGGACUACCCCUUCUACGACGAUGACGACGAUGAGGGCGAGGACGAGGGCGGGCUCUCUUUCGCCACGAGGGCACCGAAGCUGCGUGACUCACCGGCAAGCCCCAGGCCGCCCACGGCGCCCCGGCCCUCCCUGGGGUCCCGGCUGCAUGCCAGCGGGGACUGCCGGCCGUGCGCGUGGUACUGGAAGCCCGGCAGCUGCACGAACGGCUCGGGCUGCGGCCACUGCCACGAGUGCCCCGAGGGCGAGAUCGCGGAGCGCAGGAAGGCCAGGGCGAAGGACAUCCGCCGCAGCAGCGUCCGCCAGUCCCUGUCGGAGAUGCCCCCCCGCAAGGCGCUCGCCGCGAGCGCCCGCGCGCCUACCGCGGCGCUGUGGGUGCCACCCGCCGGCUUCCCAGCAGCGGCGCUCCCUGCGGCGUCCGUGGUGGCCCCGGUGCCCUUCCCAAUGUCCCGGCUCCCGCUUGCGCUGGCCCGCGUGCAGUCCCUGACGAUGCCUGGACGCCCCGCGGCGGAGGCGCUCUCGCCCAUGAUGGCCCCAGCGCUGUCCCUGCCGGUGCCGUCGAGCCUGCCGGGCGGGGAGCUGCCGUGCCCCCCACCCGGCCUGGAGUUGGAGCCGAUGACUGUCGGCAGGACGGGCACUGCCGCAUCGGCCACGCUGGUGGCCGUCGAGAGGACGGCCUCUGCGCCGGCCGGCCCUGUGGUGUGCCAUCCUUCGGUGGGCUCGUCGCUGCACGCCGCGGGCAUGUGCAAGCCGUGCGCGUGGUACUGGAAGCCGGGUGGCUGCCAGAACGCUCAGGAGUGCCGCCACUGCCACCUCUGCCCCCCGGGCGAGAUCGCGGCCCGGAAGCGGCGCGCGGCCGCGGGCGCCGCGGCGCGUCGCGAUCCCAACGCUUGGCGCGCGGCGGGCUGGGCCUCCGCCCCCGGCGGCGCGAUGGCGGCCUGAUGUCGCGGCGCACGGCGGUCGGUGGGGCGUCGGGCCCAUCCCGGCGCCGAACGAGGGGGGCGAUCUGUCGCCGCGCCGUCUGUUUCGACCCGCGGUCCUACGCCUUGGGGAGGGCGCCGCGGCCACCAGGGCAAACGCCGCUUCGGGCGCGGGACUUGCCGUGGGGUCUGCCGCGCCCCCCCCCCCCUCCCCUGACCUCCCCUCUGAAGAGCGGUCUAGAGAGGCCCUGCCAGACAAGCAGCCAGCACUCUAGGCACUCCACUUGUCGUGCAGGCGCGGCGGCGAAUGCACCACCGCCGGGCCUCCACGGGCCCAGACUUUGGCGCACACUGGCCUCCCAGCCCUGGUCGGGGGCCGACGUUCACGGCCAGCGGGAUCCCAACCCCUCAUUCGUGGAGAGUCAACAGACUUACACACAGCAAGCUCUCCGCGGUAGCGACGCCAGGACCCAAGUUCACUAUACACCCGAGACGCAUGUGGGCUUUCGUUUAAAGUGUAUGGGGACCUGCUAGGAACCACUCUGCGUUGCCCCAAUGCUGUGAGAAGCAAGGAAGAAGUGGAUGGGGCGCCCAGGUUUUACUCCUCCGCCUCCUAAUGCUCAUCCUGUUCCUCGUGCCGUUCCUGCUCAUGGCUGUCCUCGCUGGAUCCAAUCAGGCUUCUGUGCACCCAAGUUGCUGGACGCCUCCUGCACGUCCGAAUUCGUCAUGUGGACGGGGCACAAAGACCUCCGUCCCAUGUAGUCGAAUGGUUGACCGCAACGCGCAGCGCGAUCAAGCCGCAGGCCUCUGGGAGCAAACGUAAGCUUGCAUCCCGUGUAAAGCUGAAGCGCGCUGUGCCCCGCGCGCGAUGCACUCGUCAUGUUUCGAGAGGGCCGUCCACCCGUUCUCUCAGCAAUGUACAGUGGCCUUGGCUCGUGCGCAGCACUCCCUGCCAGGAAGAGAGGUACCUCAGCAAUCUCCGCAGAGGUGCAGAGCUGGGAUCUCGCCACCCCCAGAAUUAAUGCACGACCAGGGGCAGCCUGGGAUCAUCACUCUCAUGAGCAGUCGCUGGGGUUCUGUGUCUUUGGUGUAGAACUGCACCACUUCUGGUGCUCACCAGCCUGCUGCUCUGAGGCCUUACAGCUGCCCAGAAGCAAAGACUGGCUUGCAGUCCCGCUCAGACUCAUCGCUUUUGCACGGUGUCUCGAACUACAGUCGAGGCAUUGCUGGCGUUGCAUGAACACCUGUUUGUUCCUCCUCCUGUUCCUCUGGCGGCCGCUGCGCCUUGUCCUUCUGCUGCUUGCUUCCGCCGCUGCCGCUGAUCGUCAUCUUUCGAGGCAGCUUGUUUUUCUCUGUUGAGUUGUCGUUGAGCCGCGUGAGCACUCAGUAACAGCAGAGGUACCCGUCCCUACUGGUCUGCACGGUAAGCUGUGUUAUUUACCCUCACCCCUAGCAUGGGAACACCAUGGUGUGCCCUGCAUCCACGAAAGGACAAUAUCUUCCGAGGCACACGUGGUUGUAUGGAUGCCCCUUUCGCCCGAGAACAUGGGUUACACAAUGACGUUCGCCUUGGAUUGGCAGUCGCUCUGGCAUGAUCCUCGCCCUCGUGCCCAACUCGCACCUGCGUCCUGCUGACAGCUCGAGGUAUCGUAGUGAGCGUACUCAUGGCGAAUCGGCACUCGCAGUGUCUGGCCGUCUCGUCGCUGUUCUGCUCCGCAUGGAGGCCGGGCAGUUCCAGUCUCACUGGUUUCACCCUUUCUUCAGCGAGCGAAGUGAUUGCGGUGCGCUACUUACUUCAUUGCCUGGUCGGCGGACGCAAAGUCAGGCCAGCAAGCACAUGCUCGCACAUGUGUCUUUGCAAGCUUUACUUCUUGCGACGGCUUUACGGCCGCUGCCGCCGACCUUGAAGGGGGA